GAUUUUAAUUUUGAGGACUUGGUCCAAGUGGGAGUUUAUGGCGCGGAAAGGAACACACAAAGGAGUAGUUUUUCUUGUUUUUGCAAGUAUCUUCCUUUUUACUUGUUUCCUACCUUUUUCGUUUGCAGAGGAAUUAGAGGAUAGCUUGGACGAAGAUGUUCCUUCCAGCAAACCUGAACCCACUGCAGUGAUAUUUCCAAAGGGUUAUAAAUCAGUACCAUAUGAACCCUCAGUCCCAGAAUCCGCUCUCUUUGUUGAAACUUUUCAAGGAGAUUGGAAGUCAAAAUGGGUGCUUUCAAGAGAUCCAAAGUAUAGCGGAGAGUUUGCUGUCGGUCCUGGUGGAAAUCCUGCUAUUCCUGGAGAUCAGGGUCUCAUUGUGACAAGAAAAGCAAGGCAUUAUGGUAUUGCUGCCCCAGCUAAGACGGGACCUCUUGACGACAAGACACUUGUCGUCCAAUAUGAAGUUCGUCUUGAUGAAGGUUUGGAGUGUGGAGGUGCUUAUGUGAAGCUUUUGUUGGAACAAGUUUCGGAUUUAGCCUCAUUAAACGGUGAUACACCGUAUAGCAUCAUGUUUGGUCCGGAUAAAUGUGGUAUAACGGACAAGGUUCACUUUAUUUUUCAGCAUCGCAAUCCCGUUACCGGAAAGUUGGAAGAAAAACACCUUAGGAAUGCACCAUCGGUGAACACUGACUCCAAAACUCAUUUGUAUACUCUUAUUGUGAACAAUAAGAAUAGUUCUUAUCAAAUCUUGAUUGAUAACAAGGAGGUCAGGGCUGGUUCGUUGCUUGAAGACUUUGAACCUCCAGUUAAUCCGCCCAAGGAAAUUGACGAUCCAAAUGACAAGAAGCCUGCUGAUUGGGUUGAUAAUCCAAAGAUACCAGAUCCGAAUGCAAAGAAGCCAGACGAUUGGGAUGAAAGUGAACCAAAGGAAAUUCCUGAUCCCGAUGCUGUGAAACCUGAAGGAUGGUUGGAUGAUGAACCUGAACGCAUUCCGGAUCCAAAUGCUCGUAAACCUGAGGACUGGGACGAUGAAGAAGAUGGAGAAUGGGAACCACCUAUGAUUCCCAAUCCAAAGUGUGAAGAAAUGGGUUGUGGAGAAUGGAAGCCACCAAUGAUUCCCAAUCCACAUUACAGAGGCAAAUGGAAGGCACCUCUUAUUGAUAAUCCUAACUAUAAGGGUCCAUGGAAGCCUCGAAAGAUACCCAACCCAGACUAUUAUGAAGACUUGCAUCCCGUCGUUGAGUCUAUUGGAGGAAUUGCUAUUGAAAUCUGGACCAUGAACCAAGGCAUCGUUUUUGACAACUUUUUGGUAGACUUUAAUGUCGAGAAUGCUGCCAAAUUAGCCAAGGAAACUUUUGAGAUAAAGCACAAGCAUGAAGUAGCAACAGAAGAGAAGGAAUUGAAGCGACUUUCAUCCAAGAAAGGAACGAAAGAGAAAAUCUUGGAUAUUGCGGAAACCAUAAUAACUAAAAUCGAGACGUUGUUGGAGCCAUUAGAAAGGAUUGCGGUAUCAGUUGGCCUUGGACCUGUUUUGGACAAGAUGGUGGAUUUAGGAAUAAACAGGCCAAUUCUUUUAGUGGCUCUCAUUCCUCCAGUUUUUGUUCUCCUGUUUCUUGGACUGAGCAGUGGUUCCAAGGAUAAGAAGAAGCAGAAGCGCAGUUCUAAGAAAGAUGAAGGUGAAGCUACAGAAAACAAGGAAGAAGUACGAGGUAGUGAGACAACCAGUGAAGGUUUGAGACGACGACACGUUCCCAAGGAAUAGUGUCACAGACUGUAUCUGUUAUAGUAAUGCUUGAAAAGUCAUUUCGUUUUUUUAUGUGGUUCUGCAGACUAAAGCUUUUAUUUUCUCGAAUUUUUCCUAUCAUUGCAUUAUGUUUUUCUAUUCACUAAUCAGACUUUU